GAGAAACAAAUAGGAAGAAAAGGAAAUGGCUGAUAGAACUGCACCGAAAUGCCAGUUGCGGUUAGAAUGGGUUUAUGGUUACCGAGGUCACCAAUGCCGGAAUAAUCUAUACUACACGGCUGCCAAGGAGGUGGUCUACUUCGUUGCCGGAGUGGGAAUUGUGUACAACACCAGAGAACACACACAAAAAUUUUUCCUUGGUCACAACGAUGAUAUUAUCAGCCUUGCUUUACAUCCAGAAAGAAGUCUAGUUGCAACAGGUCAAGUUGGAAAGGAACCCUAUAUCUGCAUUUGGGAUACAUACAAUGUACAGAUGGUAUCUAUUCUGAAAGACAUUCACACGCAUGGAAUUGCUUGCUUGGCUUUUGAUUUUGAUGGGCAGCGCUUGGCUUCCAUAGGACUAGAUGCCAAAAAUACAGCCUGUAUCUGGGAUUGGCGGAAAGGGAAAGUCGUAGCCACGGCAACUGGUCACUCAGACAGGAUUUUUGAUGUUGCUUGGGAUCCACAUCAACCAAACAGACUUGUUAGCUGUGGAGUGAAGCACAUUAAGUUCUGGACAUUAUGUGGGAAUGCUCUAACACCCAAAAGGGGAAUUUUUGGUAAAACUGGUGACCUUCAGACCAUACUAUGUCUAGCUUGUGCUAAAGAUGAAACUACAUAUUCCGGUGCAUUGAAUGGCGAUAUUUACGUCUGGAAAGGGCUAAAUUUGGUUCGCACAAUUCAGGGAGCCCAUGGAGCAGGAAUAUUUAGUAUGUAUGCCUGUGAAGAAGGUUUUGCUACUGGUGGGAGAGAUGGUUGCAUCCGACUAUGGGAUACUGACUUUAAACCAAUCACAAAAAUUGACCUUCGGGAAACUGAACAGGGAUAUAAAGGUUUGUCCAUCAGAAGUGUUUGUUGGAAAGCAGACCGUAUUCUAGCAGGAACCCAGGAUAGUGAAAUAUUUGAAGUGAUGGUUCGGGAACGCGACAAACCUCUUCUGAUAAUGCAGGGCCAUUGUGAAGGGGAGCUUUGGGGCUUGGCAGCUCAUCCUAAGAAACCAUUGGUUGUCACAGGCAGCGACGAUCGAUCUGUACGUUUAUGGAGUCUUGUUGACCAUGCUCUUAUUGCGCGUUGUAACAUGGAAGAGGCGGUACGCUCUGUUGCUUUCAGUAGUGAUGGAUCACAACUUGCUUUAGGAAUGAAGGAUGGUUCCUUUACUGUACUUCGAGUCAGAGAUAUGACAGAGGUGGUCCACAUUAAAGACCGAAAAGAGGUAAUUCAUGAAAUGAAAUAUUGUCCAGAUGGAUCGUACCUUGCUGUAGGUUCAAAUGAUGGUCUAGUUGAUAUCUACGCAGUUUCACAGCGAUACAAGAAAGUUGGUGAAUGCAGCAAGUCAUCUAGUUUCAUUACACACAUUGACUGGUCCAUUGACAGCAAACAUCUGCAGGUCAAUGAUGGUGCUGGAGAAAGACUGUUUUACAAAAUGCCAUCUGGAAAGCAUUUAACGAGUAAAGAUGAAAUAAAAGGAAUUCAUUGGUCUACUUGGACUUGCGUAAUUGGACCUGAAGUAAAUGGAAUUUGGCCCAAGUAUACAGACAUCAUGGAUAUCAAUUCUGUGGAUGCAAAUUUUGGCAGUGCUACCCUUGUGUCUGGUGAUGACUUUGGAUUGGUCAAACUUUUCAGGUUUCCUUCUUUGAAGAAGGGAGCAAAAUUCCGUAAAUAUGUUGGACAUUCUGCUCAUGUAACUAAUGUGCGUUGGUCAUAUGAUUUUCAGUGGAUUAUGAGUACAGGUGGUGCUGAUCACUCUGUAUUUCAAUGGCGAUUUAUUCCCGAAGGAAUGUCAAAUGGAGGAUUUGAUGUAUCACAAGAAGGUUAUGUUGAUUCUAAUAGUGAAGAAUCUGACUCCGAUAUAUCAGAUAUUGCAGAAUUGGAUUCUGACAUAGAACAAGAAGUGCAGAUCAGUUAUGAACGUCAGGUUUACAAAGAAGAUCUACCUCAGCUCAAACAGCAAAGCAAAGAGAAAAAACAAGCAGCAGCUCCUUUGAAAAGAGAGAGAGCCCCUGAAGGAAGUCUGAAACUGCAAUUUGUCCAUGGGUAUAGAGGAUAUGAUUGUCGAAAUAAUCUCUUCUACACCCAAGCCACUGAAGUGGUCUACCAUGUUGCUGCUGUUGCUAUUGUUUACAACCGACAACAACAUUCGCAGAGAUUCUAUCUUGGACAUGACGAUGAUAUCCUCAGUCUAGUCAUUCAUCCAGUAAAGGACUAUGUGGCCACUGGGCAGGUUGGCCGGGAUCCAUCAAUACACGUUUGGGAUACUCAGACACUUAAAUGUUUAUCAUUGCUGAAAGGACAGCACCAGAGAGGAGUAUGUGCACUUGAUUUUUCAUCUGAUGGAAAAAGUUUGGUAUCUGUUGGUUUGGAUGACAACCAUACUAUCAUCGUAUGGGACUGGAAAAAGGGAGAAAGACUGGCAACAUCAAGGGGACAUAAAGACAAGAUAUUUGUAGUGAAGUGCAACCCACAGCAUGUCGACAAGCUUGUUACUGUUGGGAUAAAACAUAUAAAAUUCUGGCAACAUGCAGGUGGUGGCCUUACCUCUAAGCGUGGAAUAUUUGGUAACAUGGGGAAACUGGAGACAAUGAUGUGUGUGACAUAUGGCCGAAUGGAAGACAUGAUUUUCUCCGGAGCUGCAAGUGGAGAUGUUUACAUCUGGAAGAAUAACCUUCUACUCAAGACAGUAAAAGCCCACGAUGGGCCUAUUUUUGCUUUACAUGCCUUAGAUAAGGGAUUUGUAACAGGUGGCAAAGAUGGUGUUGUUGAACUCUGGGAUGAUAUAUUUGAAAGAUGUUUAAAGACUUAUGCUAUCAAGAGAGCUGCUCUAUCCCCUGCCUCAAAAGGUUUACUUUUGGAAGACAAUCCUUCAUUACGUGCCAUUACAUUGGGUCAUGGACAUAUAUUAGUUGGAACCAAGAAUGGUGAAAUACUUGAAAUAGAUAAAAGCGGAUCCAUGACCCUGCUAGUUCAGGGUCAUAUGGAAGGGGAGGUUUGGGGUCUGGCAGCCCAUCCUACUCUUCCUGUUUGUGCUACUGUAAGUGAUGACAAAACAUUACGAAUUUGGGAACUCUCCUUCAACCAUCGUAUGUUAGCAGUACGUAAACUUAAAAAAGGUGGGAGAUGUUGUGCAUUUUCACCAGAUGGGAAAGUCAUAGCUGUUGGACUAAAUGAUGGAAGUUUUCAUGUAGUCAAUGCUGAUACUCUGGAAGAUAUGGUGGCUUUUCACCAUAGGAAGGAAAAUAUAUCAGAUAUCAAAUUUUCAGCAGAUGCAGGGAAAUACCUAGCAGUGGCUUCCCAUGAUAACUUUGUAGAUAUCUACAAUGUGCUUUCAAGUAAAAGAGUUGGCAUAUGUAAAGGAGCUUCUAGUUAUAUUACUCAUGUGGACUGGGAUGCAAGAGGGAAGUUAUUGCAAGUGAACUCGGGUGCCAAAGAACACCUAUUUUUUGAAGCACCAAGAGGGAGAAGACAAACAAUUAGAAAUACAGAGAUAGAGAAAAUAGAGUGGGCUACUUGGACAUGUGUGUUAGGACCCACAUGUGAAGGAAUCUGGCCGACGCAUAGUGACAUAACGGAUAUCAAUGCAGCUUGUCUAACCAAAGAUGGAAAACGUUUAGUGACUGGGGAUGACUUUGGCUUUAUUAAGCUCUUUUCAUACCCUGUAAAGGGUCAAUAUGCAAAGUUUAAAAAGUAUGUGGGCCACAGUGCACAUGUGACUAAUGUGAGGUGGGCACAAGAUGACAGCUUGUUGCUGUCAGUGGGUGGUGCUGAUACUGCUUUGAUGAUCUGGAGUCAGGAAACUGAUGGAAACAGGGACAAGAAGUCUGUGGACAGUGAAGAAUCUGAUACUGACACUGACGAGGAUGGAGGUUAUGACAGUGAUGUUGCAAGAGAGAAAUCCAUCGAUUAUACAACCAAAAUCUAUGCAGUUAGUAUCAGGGAGAUGUCAGGCACAAAGCCACAUCUGCAGCCAAAAGAAGUGUCAACAGAGGAAAGGCCACCUGUCAGCAGAGCUGCUCCUCAACCAGAGAAACUACAAAAGAACAAUAUUACCAAGAAGAAGAAAGUAGUGGAGGAAUUUGUGUUGGAACAUGUUUUUGGAUAUAGAGGCUUUGACUGUCGCAACAAUCUUCAUUAUCUCAAUGAUGGAACUGAUAUUAUUUUUCACACAGCAGCUGCUGGCAUUGUUCAGAAUCUGUCAUCAGGUCUGCAGAGUUUUUAUGUGGAACAUACGGAUGACAUACUUUGCUUAACUGUCAAUCAACACCCAAAAUACAAAAAUGUUGUGGCAACUGGACAAAUAGGUGAUAUUACAGACACAUCAGGAGCAACUCCAUCCAUACAUGUGUGGGAUGUCAUAAGCAAGCAGACACUUUCUAUCCUGCGUUGUUCUCAUAAUAAAGGUGUCUGUUAUGUUAACUUCAGUGCUACAGGCAAGCUGCUGUUAUCGGUGGGUGUUGAUGCUGAACAUACUAUCUCUGUUUGGAGAUGGCAAGAAGGUGCCAAAGUUGCAAGCAAAGCAGCCCAUAGUGAGAGGAUUUUUGUGGUUGAGUUUCGCCCAGAUUCAGACACACAAUUUGUAUCUGUGGGGGUGAAGCAUAUAAAAUUUUGGACCUUAGCUGGUGGAGCAUUGCUUUCCAAAAAGGGGAUAAUUGGAACUGUGGAUGAUGCAAAGAUGCAAACCAUGCUAUCAGUUGCCUUUGGUGCAAACAACCUUACUUUCUCUGGUGCCAUAAACGGGGAUGUGUAUGUCUGGAAAGAUCACAUUGUAAUCCGAGUUGUAGCAAAAGCCCAUACAGGACCUGUCUUUACAAUGUACACAACAUUAAGGGAUGGCUUGAUUGUCACAGGAGGCAAGGAAAGACCGACAAAAGAAGGAGGAGCAGUAAAACUCUGGGAUCAGGAAAUGAAGCGAUGUCGAGCGUUCCAGCUGGAGACAGGACAGCCUUUGGACUGUGUUCGUUCAGUCUGCAGAGGAAAGGGGAAAAUACUUGUAGGAACGAAAGAUUGUGAGAUAAUUGAAGUCGGAGAAAAGAAUGCAGCAUCAAAUAGCCUAAUUGAUGGGCACAUGGAAGGAGAGAUUUGGGGCCUUGCUACACACCCUUUGAAAGAUCUGCUGAUCUCUGCAAGUGAUGAUGGCACAAUAAGAAUCUGGGACUUGGCUGAUAAAAAAUUGCUAAACAAAGUGAACCUUGGAUAUGGUGCAAAAUGUGCUGCUUACAGUCCUGAUGGAGAAAUGGUAGCGAUUGGGAUGAAAAAUGGAGAAUUCAUUAUACUCUUAGUCAAUUCUCUGAAAGUGUGGGGCAAGAAACGAGACCGAAGUGCUGCCAUCCAGGAUAUCAGUUUUAGCCCCAAUUCCAUGUUCCUGGCAGUAGGUUCGGCAGAAAAUACUGUUGAUUUUUAUGACCUCACACAGGGGCCUACUUUAAACCGAAUAGGCUACUGCAAAGACAUCCCGAGUUUUGUUAUCCAAAUGGACUUUUCAGCUGAUAGCAAACACAUUCAGGUGUCCACAGGUGCCUACAAGCGUCAGGUGCAUGAGGUUCCAUCAGGAAAGCAAGUAAUUGACCAGGCAAUAACUGAGAAAAUCACAUGGGCUACAUGGACAAGCAUUUUAGGAGACGAAGUCCUUGGAAUUUGGCCUCGAAAUGCAGAGAAAGCCGAUGUCAACUGUGCCUGUGUAUCUCAUGCUGGGUUAAACUUAGUGACAGGGGAUGACUUCGGUUUGGUGAAACUUUUUGAUUUUCCUUGCACUGAAAAAUAUGCCAAACACAAGCGUUAUUUUGGCCAUUCUGCACAUGUGACAAAUGUACGUUUUUCCCAUGAUGACAAGUAUGUUGUUAGUGCUGGUGGUGAUGACUGCAGUAUAUUUGUUUGGCGAUGUCUUUGAAGAAAAAAAAUCCAGUGACUAUUUCUUUCAAAAGAUGGAAUCCUAAAUGCCUCAAUAACAACUUGGCUGCUAGAAAGCAAAAAUGCUUAAAAGUGGGAUCACCAGUGCAAAGCAAAGGGAUCUGUGACCAGAUGAAAGGGGUAAGGAACCCCAAAGAAGGCAAAUUUUAUAAAAUUCUUCAGUCCUAACUGAAGCCUUCAGCAGGUAGGAGAUUGGGCUGAAAUGGAAGGCGAGGAAGUCACUACUAAGCCCUCAUCAAUUACAUAGUUUUGGAACAUAACUACCAACCACCUUAAGCCUAUCAAUUGCAGUUCCAAGGUGAUAUGAGCCAAAAUGAGCUAGUUUCAUUUGCCUGCGUUUGGCACAUAUCCCUCUAAAUCUUUCUUAUCCAGGUUCUUGUCCAAGUGUCUUUUAAAUUUUGUUAUUGUACCUGCCUCAGCCACUUCCUCUGGCAGUUGGUUCCAUAUACACACUAUCCUCUGCGUGAAGAAGUUGCCCCUCGUGUUCCUUUUAGAUCUUUCUCACUUUAAACCUAUUCCCUCUAGUUCUUGAUUCCCUUUCUCUGGGGAAAAAGAUUGUGUGCAUUCACCCAAUCUAUGCCCAUCAUGAUUUUAUACACCUCUAUAAGGUCACCCAUCAGUCUCCUAAGCUCCAAGGAAUGAAGUCCCAGCCUGUCCAACCUCUCCCUAUAAUCCAGGCCCUCGAGUCCUGGCAACAUUUCUUGUAAAUCUUCUUUGCACUCUUUCCAGCCCACAUGGGAUUAUAGGAAUCAUUACUAUCUGAUAAACCAUGAAUUUUGAGCCAGGGCUGAGGUCUUGAUAUCCGAACACUAUUUUCUUCAAAUGGUGUGCUGUUGCAUUGAAAGUGAUAGUGAAUUUACAUCUAUGUCUGCCUUCAUCAAAAGAUAACCCCCAAAUAUGGGUAGUCCAUGUUUUCCAGGGUCUUGCCCUGAACUUUUAUAGUCAGAGAUGCAGGAGGGACUGUUGGUAGAGAACCUUUGUCUUGCACAUGUUGAGUGUUAGGCCCAUACUCUUGUAGGCUUCAGUGAACAAGUCAGCAGGCCACUGUGUGUAUGCAAAUGCAAGCCUCGUCUGCAUACUGCAGUUUGGAUAACUUUGGUUCUAAAGUGUAAUUGCCAUAAGCUGAAUAAUUACCCACAAGUGUGCUCCACCUGCACACUUGCCCAAUCCCUGGCUCCGGCUACAAAUCAUGAGCUCUGGCUGCAAGGAAAGAAUUUCCAGAGUUACAGGGAGAGGAACUAGCUGGAUUGAUCUUGCAAUAAGCCAGUAUGGGCUUAAUAGGCCAAAUGGUCAUCUGUGUUUAAAUCAUUCUGUGAUUUAAGAAACAUCUAGGUGGUCAAUUGAUAAGAGUUUGGUUUGUGUUCUUGAAAUCAAAUGGAUUGAAACUAUCUUUCAACAGUUAAAUUAAUAUUCCUGUGCACUGAUAGAAUGUUAUUCAGCCACAACAUCAUGGUUAUAAUCAUUUUGAUUCUUUGAAAAGAAAUCUAAAGCAAAAUAAGGUUGUAAAAACACUGCAGGUUAUUGAAGAGUGAUUUUUGUUUUCCCUCCAUUUCCUUUUGGGGUAUAUAAUCCUUUGUUAUUGUGCAAGAACAUACUACAAAAUAUUAAUACAUACCCUGAGAAACACCUGCUAAAGCUACUUGCAGGUAGAUGGAAUGAGGCAGAAGAUCAGGUUGGCAUGGACUAGAUGGGCUGAAGGGCCUGUUUCUGUGCCAUAGUGCUGUAUGGCUCUAAGUGUAAUGAUGACUUUACACCUCAGCAUAAGGUACCCAUAUACCUAAAACUGUAUUUCCAAAUAAUGUGCCAGCAUUGUGCAUUAAAGAAUUCCUUUAACAAUUCUAAAAAGGUAGCACAACCCCAAACUGCUGUUGUGUCUGUGAAGCUGCUUUUUUUUUAUUGCCAUGGUUUUAUUUGUACGUUACUUGUAUUUCAAUGAUUUUUCACUAAUGAAUCACAACCAUCUGACUUGGGAAAUUCUUUGCACAAGUGCCUUUGUACAAUUCUAUAUACAAUUACCCAUUGAUUUAGUUUUGCAAUAUAAAUAUCAAGCAUACAUGGUGCUAUUGAUUUUAGAAAUAUUGAAAUGAAGCUUAGGGCAAUGUCCUACUUUGAAUUUGGUUUUUAAAUGAUCAUUACAUGUAAAAAAAAAUCAAUACUUCCAGCAAUAGUUAAAUAUUCCAAUUGAAAGGUAAUUGUCUUUAUCUUUGAGGCUAAA